AUGGCUUCUAACUUAGAGGACAUCAAAGCAUCGGAUGCUGCCACACCUGGUUCAUUUCCUGCCUCUAGAGAAAAAUACGCGCAACGUAAGAAGCAAGAAAAGGGCGCCAAGCCGAUAGCAGAAGAAGAGCCCUCCGCGAAACCUCGCUUCCCAGCAUCUCGGCAAGCUUACGCAGAGCGAAAGAAGAAGACCGAGAACGUAGCGAGUCGCACAACCAUUGAAAGGAGUCAGCAGUAUCAUGCCAGAAAAAAGGAGCGGCGGCAGGAGGGUACUGGAGCUGCUGGAGAUACCGAACACGCCGAGGUCGAUACCGAGGACCCUCCUUCCGUUCCAGAGCGGACUGCAAGAGGGGGUGCUGCUGGUGAUCGCGCCAAUCCUGUUCCAGUGGAAGAUCUGGAAGCAGCGGUUCAUGUACUUGAUGCCCCAACGAUUGCUGAAAGAGAAAACCCACGACCUCCCCUUUUGGAAGCCAGAAUUGUAUUUGAGCCCGAAAUUGUACGGGCCGAGCCUGCUCCAGCUACAGAUCCCAACCAACAAGAGACGGAAGACAGGCAGGGGAAACUAUUGAUCAGUCGUCGCUGGUUUUAUUUGUUUGGCUUUGUGUUAUUGAUCGCUGCCAUUGUAAUUAUCCUCUUUACUGUGGGUGCAAUCCCCGGUCGCCAAUCUAGCAAUGACACCCUGCCACCACCGGCUGUUGAAAAUGAGGCCAAUGGGAAUAUCGCUCCAAGUCCCACAAUCACAGAGACCCCCUCGUUCAGACCCACUAGCAUUCCCACCAACUCGAUGAGCCCCUCGACUCCAUCGAUUGCGCCCACCAGCGUUCCAACAUUGUCCAUGAACCCAACGUCCUCGACAACAAGCCCCACUGGAACAAUCUACAUGCACAACUCCAACCAAACCUUUUCCCUCAUCUUCACAUUGGAUGGUCCCACUGGUGAUGGUGCGAUGAGGUCGCCAUCACAAGUACAGGAGCUCGCAGGUUUCAUGGAGAACACAACAUCAUCUUUCGCUCCCGAUUAUGCAACAUCAGAGGAGAUCAGAAAUGUCACAUCCGUUUGUCUCUACGAGACCCAGAAGAGCUACGAUGAGGAUAUCUGGGUGACCCUCACCUCUGGGAACGAAAUGCAAAAGUUGGCAGUUCAAGAGAAACAGGGGGCGGUGUUUGGUCCAAGCCUGCAGUUCGGCAACACGUCCUAUGAAUACCAAUUUACCAUGAUCUAUGCUUCCAAUACGGUAAACGUCGAGAAUUACACCACAUAUUUUGAGCGACGCAUCAACGACUCCAAGGAUGCUGUAGCAGAAAAGUUGGAGGGCAUCCUGGAUGUCUCGCCAGAGAGUGCUCUUGUUGUCCGCGGUCUCCUUUGA